GUUGUCUUCUAAAAUUUCUUUUUGGCCCUUUCUGGGCAUUUCUUGUUCUUUGGAUUCAUCCAUUUCAUGGCGGCUUCUGCCUUCUUUUUUUUUUUUUUUGUCAUGAUACACAAUUUUCAUACCUGGGCUGUGGAUUGAAUUGCUACAUUUGUCGAAAGUUUCUAUUUUUCUCUUUGUUUGGAUUCAUGGGUUUGCCGGUUCUGUCGUGUUGAAAAAGCUGAUGUUAGAUUUGUGCCAUGUUCUGCUACAAAUUGAUCUGCAACUUUCCCACCUGGGCAGUGCAUUGAAUUGCCACAUGUGUCGAAAGUUUCCAAUUUCAUUUUUUGUCCGAUCUUUGGCAUCGCAAGUUCUGUUUCUUUCGAGCUGAUAGCUCCAUUAGAUUCGUGGUGACUGAAUAGAAAGAACAUGGGGAAGAAAGGAGGUUGGUUCUCUGCAGUUAAGAAAGCUUUAAGCCCCGAUUCAAAGGAGAAGAAGGAUCAGAGGUCUCGGAAGUCAAAGAAGAGAUGGUUUGGGCGGCACAGCCCUACAGAUCAAGUUCUUUGCGAUGGGGAAACUUCAUUAGCAAUAGCUGCACCGCUGCCGCCGCCGCCACCUCCUCCUCGACCUGCGGGAGACUUCAAGCUGAUGGAAGCCCAGAAUGAGCAAAGCAAGCAUGCAUAUUCAGUGGCCCGUGCUACUGCAGCAGCAGCGGAGGCGGCUGUAGCAGCAGCUCAGGCGGCAUCGGAGGUCGUCCGUCUCACCUCCAUCUCCCGUUUCCCUGGCAAGUCCAAGGAAGAGGUAGCGGCCAUUAGGAUCCAAACAGCUUUCCGAGGAUACAUGGCUAGAAGGGCGUUGAGAGCUCUCAGAGGACUGGUCAGGUUGAAGAAUUUAAUACAGGGCCAAUCAGUCAAGAGGCAGGCUACUACGACAUUGCAAUGCAUGCAGACUCUCGCUCGAGUCCAGUCUCAGAUUCGUGCCAGAAGGAUCAGAAUGUCCGAAGAGAACCAAGCGCUCCAAAGACAGCUCCAACAGCAACAGGAGAAAGAGCUUGAUAAGUUGAAGUUGGGAGAUGAAUGGAAUGAUAGCACGCAAUCAAAGGAGCAAAUCGAGAAGAGAUUACUGCACAGACAGGAAGCUGCAAUGAGAAGAGAACGCGCAUUGGCUUAUGCUUUCUCUCAUCAGCAAGCAUUGAAGAAUUUGAAAUCACCAAACCCGACCUUCGUGGACCCAACUAAUCCUAGCUGGGGCUGGAGUUGGUUGGAGCGCUGGAUGGCCGCUAGGCCCUGGGAGACCAGAAGCACAAAUGAUUAUAACGACCGAGCUUCUAUCAAGAGCGUGGCGAGCCGAGCGAUGUCCAUUGGAGAAACCACCCGGUCCUACUCCAACAGGCCUUCCCCAACCAUCCAGAAACCCCGAAGACCUCAAAUCAGCUCCCAUACACCUUCUACUCCUCCUUCCACUAAGGCCCCAAAGAUUAGGCCCUUUAGCCCGAAUGGAAGCAAUUGGAGCAGAAGGGAUGAAGACUCAAGGAGCGCGUUCAGCAUGCAGUCAGGACAACCUUACUUCAGGAGACACAGCAUCGGAGGGUCCUCAAUGAGGGAUGAUGAGAGCCUGGCGAGCUCUCCUCCAGUCCCAAGUUACAUGGCACCCACAAAGUCCCAAAAGGCCAAGUCUCGGUUGUCAAGCCCAUCAAGGUUGGAGCGGAAUGGAUCCGCCUCGGACAAGGGAUCGGUCCUGGCAGGGCCCACUGCAAAGAAGCGGCUCUCUUUCCAGGGUUCUCCUGCAGGUCCCAGGCGGCACUCCGGGCCUCCUAAGGUCAAUUUGAAAGACCUCCAUAAUGGGACCUAGGUGCAUUCCACCAGCAGCAUCUCUGCCUGCAGAAACACCUCAGGAUGGAAAUCGCAAAGGAGAACGUGAAUAAAUUCGGUGUUUCUGUCUUUUCUUCUCAUUUCAUAAGUGAGUAGUUGAUCGGGUAGUUGAGAUUGUUGUGCGGAGAGUGGAUUAAUCUAGUUCGCGUUAACAGCUCGUUAUUUGGUAUGCGAGUGCUUGUAGUUGGUUCGGCCCGGCUGGAUUAUAAUUCCCUUUCAGUCCGGUUUGGCUAGUUUGGAUUGGAUGUUUUAACUGUGGAGUGAGAAACAAGCAAAGCUUGAUUAGGCCUUACUAUAUAAGCAUAUGUGGUAUUUUGCAUC